AAAAAAAAAAGAGAAAAAAAAAAAGUGGACUCUUUACACAUUUAUUCAGUCUAGUUGUGAUGGCCUCUUAUGCAACCCCACGUAUAGCCAGAUCGAAAAGUGGAGCCGAUCUCUUGCUGGAUAAAAUGAAACAGGAACAGUAUCGACAAGAUGAACGAGCUGCGAUUGAAUAUUUAAACACCAUACUCGAAAUGACCAUACCUCUUGACGCACCGUUACAGUAUGAAUUAUCGGAUGGUGUUUUACUAUGCAAUCUUGUAAAUAAACUGAAGCCAGGCACAAUUAAACAAGUGGGUCAAAAGGACCUUUCAUUCAUCAAGAUGGACAACAUUACACGAUUUUUACAAGGAGCUAGACAGCUUGGAUUGAAUAAGGCACAACUAUUUGAAACGGUAGAUUUAUUCGAGGCCAAAGAUAUGACAGCUGUCAUUCAUACAAUUUUAGCCAUAUCUCGACUGACGGAAAACCAAAUUUUAGCAUCCACACAUGCUGACAAUCAUGAAGGAGUCAUUAAAAUGAAUGGGCAGGAGAAAAACGAGGAGAGUGAGGAUACCCGAAACAACGAUGAUUCAAAUACGAAAUAUCGAGAUGUUCGAGAUAUAUUUGGAGGAUUUAACGUGAUUCCAUCGAACCAUACUAUAAAAGAAUCUCGAUUAAGGUUAAAUAGAGAUGCACUUGCAGCGUCUCGAAAAUUAGGUCUAAGGUCAACUUUUACAGGGACAUCACAUACAGUGGAAACAGAAGAGGAAGGAAAACGACCUCGUACCACACCUUCUUCACCUACCUCCAAUAGCUUUUCUCGACCACCCAAAUCACCUUUACGAUUACCACCCCGAUACGAGGAGAAUUAUGAAGAUUAUGGAAGACUUGAUACACCCCCAUUAGAUAUGGCAAGAUCACCUUCCAUCUCUUCUGUGAAUUCCUCCCUAUCCACCGCCGUCAGUACCAAGCACACAUCCGUGUCCUAUCGCACAAAGGAAGAUAUCACCGAGCAAGAAACAAAAAAGAAUACACGUAGACUUUCUUCCCCAGCUGAACGUAAACGACAAAGUCAUACUUUCCCUAAUCGAAAUAAUAAUCAUGCUGCUGGCAGUAGUAGUAAUUCUCAUGGUAAGAAGCGACAUAACAACAAUAAUGACUUGAAAGAAGAAGGUCCCCUUUUGGGUGGAAGUUUAGGCCAUAAAUUAGAUCGUCAGUACCGUGAAACAGCAAAUGAAAUAUUGUCAAAAAAACCAUCGGAUGACGUUGAAGAAAAAGAAGAGAAACUCAUGUUGCAGAGUGAAGAUGGCUUAUCCACCACACACUAUCAAUUGGGUAACUGUAUUGGUAAAGGACAGUUUGGUUCGGUGUAUCGAGCUUUGGAUCUUGCCACAGGAGAAAUUGUUGCGGUGAAACGAUUGUUUCUGGAAGAAGGCGCACUUGACGAUGAAAUCAUGAAAGAGGUGGCUUUAUUAAAGACACUAUCACAUUCAAACGUGAUAAGAUACCUUGGGUUUAUCCAGGGUAAACAAAGCAUCAAUAUUAUUUUGGAGUUUGCAGAGAAUGGAUCUCUCAUGUCAACGUUAAAAGCAUUUGGUGCUUUCCCCGAGAAACUUGUAGCUUCCUUUUGUAUCAAGAUUUUAAACGGGUUAGAUUAUCUUCAUCAAAAUGAAGUAGUGCAUUGUGAUUUAAAAGCGGCCAAUAUUUUAACCACCAAGACGGGUGAUGUGAAAUUGACUGAUUUUGGUGUAUCACUCAAUCUAAAAAUUAAAGGAGCCGAUGCAGGCUCUGUUUCUGGCACCCCUAAUUGGAUGGCACCCGAAGUGAUUGAACUUAAAGGUGCAUCUACAAAGUCUGAUAUAUGGUCACUGGGAUGUACUUUAGUGGAACUGGUGACGGGUAAACCACCUUAUGCUGAUUUAAUUGCCAUGUCUGCCAUGUUUCGUAUCGUAGAGGAUCCAAUCCCACCUCUACCUGAUUCCAUCUCGGAUGAGAUGAAGAGUUUCUUAACCGCUUGCUUUCAAAAGGAUCCUCAACUUCGUCCCUCUGCCCACGAACUCUUGCAUCAUCCUUGGAUCCUACAAAAUCAACAACGUAUUCGAAAGACAGAAACUUAUUCCCAUGAUUUAUCCAGUUAUUUACGUAAUCAUCCUCAACCUACAGAGGAAGAAGAAGCAGAGGAGGAGGAAGAGGAGGAGGAAGAUCAUUUUACGAAUUCUAAUAAUAGUAAUAUGACACUAAGAAAUAGUAGUGGACUACAAAGUAGCUCGGAUUUGAGCAGACAUCCUAACGAAAGUCAAGUGACUUUGUAUGACGAAGAGGAGGGGGAGGAAGAAGAGGAUGCGAGUACCAAGGGGGUACCACUUGGAUUACGAGAUGAAGAAGAUUAUAUCACGCAUCGAUUUAUACAUACUUCUUUUGGAAAGGUAGUAGAGUGUAAAGUCUGUGGUGAUUUGAUGAAUACACAGUCCAUCUUUUGUGAAGUGUGUGCAUUAAUUUGUCAUGAAGAAUGUAAAAAGUCUGCCUUUUCAUGUCCUCCCAAAGUCAAUGAGCAGCAGCCCUCCUAUGAUUGGGUAUUUUCUGCAAAGAUUUAUAACCGAGGUCGUAAAUCAGGCGAGAUACGUAGUAGUAUGAUCAGUCACCCAAAGAAUGCAACGGGACCUGUGGCGGUUCAAUUAAAACCAGAGGAUGCAGAGAGUAUUCGACAAUAUGCGUUAGCGCUAGGAUUGACACCACAAGAAGAGCAAGCGUUGAAUGGAAACCAAGCGUUAUUAUCGCAUACACUUUUAUUACAGCAACAAAACAAGUUGGAUCCAGGUACGCUUCGACAUAAGGUGAUUCAUUCCAAGACCUUUAGUAAAGAUGAAAAGAAGAAGCGAAAUAAUAUAAAUGGAAGAAGACAAUCUGAAGAAUGUAUCAUUUCUUAAACAUACAACAACACCACCACCAC